UUGGCAAGUAAAGGAGUAAAGGCAGGAGGAGCAGUAGUAGUAGCAGCAGCAGUAAGUAUAGCAAUAGCAUCGCAGCAAGCAAGCAGUAGUGAUGAGUCAUGAAGCCCGUGCAAUAGUCAUACCAGUCGCUGUCUUCGCCAUAAGCAGAAAGAAAUCUGCCUGCUUGCUUGUACAAGAGAGGAGGAGAAGAGAAGAGAGGAGACGGGGAGACCAAUUAUUCCUGCACUCUUUAUUUAUGGCACGCUCACUGCCUCAAUUUCCCCGCAAUUCUGGCGGAUAAUCUCCAUAUCCUGCGCACCUCCUCAGAAUGUUGACGUGUGUGGAGGAGUUACGGUGAUCUUUGUUUCGGUAUUUAGAGGUUUCUUAGAUUGAUCGGCUUCCGACAGUGAUACUUAAGAAAUGGCUAGCGAUAGUGAGGAAGUUAAUUCGCAAAGAGCUCAAUCUUCCUUCGGAACAUCUCCAUCUUCACUUGCUAAACCACCUCAUGCCCUUCCGAUGAGCCAACCCGAUGUACCUCUGCUAAACAUGCCACAGUUUCGAGGCCAGAUUCGACAAAUCCCACCCAAUUGGGGGGUUGAAAAUACUGGUAAAAGAGUUGGCAUUCCACCCUCACACCCACAAAUUCCUCCGAUUUCACCUUAUUCACAGAUCCCAGUGAAUCGGCCUGUCAAUCAGCCGGCAGGAGUGCAAAAUUUCAGUGGUUGUAGUAGCAGUUCAAAGCCGAGCCAUGCUCGGUCGUUGUCACAGCCAGCUAUUUUUGCCCUUGAUUCAUUGCCGCCAUUGAGCCCUUCACCAUAUCGAGACUUGCCUUUGAAUUCUGUAUCUGACCAUUUAUUAGCGGAUGUGCCUAUGGAGGAUAGGAAUGAGAGCUCACAUUCUUUGCUGCCGCGGUCACCUUUUACAGGGGGUGGUUUAAUUAGAGUUGGUGAAACUCUUCCUCCAUCUAAGGCUCACAGAAGGUCCAACAGCGAUAUCCCAUUUGGAUUUACAUCUAUGCAUUCUUCACUGCUGACUCCACCAUUGAGAAGUCCUAGUGCUUUAGAUUGGUCAGCGACUGCAAGAGGUAAUUCAGGUGAUCACCCGAAGCAGUUGGUUAAAACAGAAUUGAGUUGGGAGAAAGGAGGUGAGAGCAAUGUUGAAGGGAUGGGGGAGAGAAAAUCGGAAGGAGAGGUAGUUGAUGACCUUUUUUCUGCUUACAUGAAUUUGGAGGACAUGGACAAGUUCAAUAAUAAUUUUGGUGCCGAUGAGAAGCUUGAGAAUGAUAAUCGAGAAGAUUUAGAUAGUAGAGCUAGUGGCUCCAAGACAAAUGGAGGUGACACCAGUGAUAAUGAAGCGACCAGCAGCAUCAAUGAAAGUGGGAAUAGUACACAUAAAGGGGGAGUAGCUUCACUGCCUGCAAAGAGGGAAGGGAUCAAAAGGAAUGCUGGGGGAGACAUUGCUCCAACUACUCGGCACUAUAGAAGCUUCUCAAUGGAUAGUUUCAUGGGAAAUAUGAACUUUGGGGAUGAUUCUUCGAAGAUGCCUCCAUCCCCAGGAGCCCAUCUGGGCCAACUCUCUCCAUCAAACUCAAUAGAUUCAAACUCGAAUAGUUUCAACAUGGAGUUUGGGAAUGGUGAGUUUACUGGAGCUGAACUGAAGAAAAUUAUGGCUAAUGAGAAACUUUCUGAGAUCGCAUUAAGCGAUCCCAAGCGGGCUAAAAGGAUCCUAGCCAACAGGCAAUCUGCUGCUCGUUCAAAAGAGCGAAAAAUGAGAUAUAUAGCUGAGUUGGAACAUAAAGUACAGACUUUACAAACUGAAGCAACCACAUUAUCUGCCAAGCUUACUAUGCUACAAAGGGACUCUGCUGGCCUCACUAGCCAGAACAAUGAGCUGAAGUUUCGGUUGCAGGCAAUGGAGCAACAAGCCCAACUUCGAGAUGCUCUGAACGAGGCGUUGACGGCUGAGGUGAGUCGCCUAAAGAUUGCAACGGCUGAACUAAGCGGAGACACCUCAAAGUUUGAGCAGCUUUCAAUCAACAGCACCCAGAUAUACCAGCAUCAAGCAACCCAACUCAACAUGCAUCAGACACAAUCCCAGCAGCCAAAUGGCACCGGAAACACAUCUACAGAAAAUGAAUCAAACCAAUAAUCUUGGAGUGGAAGGGGACAUUGUUUGAAAACAUGCUGAGGUGGAGUUGGUGAUCAUUGGUCUAGGACUAGGAGGAGCUCCAUGUUUGUUGGUGGAUCCGGUGUCAGUCUGUCUGGUAUUUGGUGAAGUAAGUAUUUGUCUCGAUUUUAUUAUAUGUAGGUAUACAUACAUAUAUAUGUGUAUAUAUAUAUAUACACACACUAAUAUAUGUCCCAUUAACACAUUCUAUCCCCAUACAUAAUAUGUAUUGUGAGGAUAGGGAGAUAGAGUUUAUUUUUGGGACAGGAUCCGGUGUGUGUGUGUAUAUAUUAUGAGGCAGGUGAUGAGAUGGCAUUAGAUUUCCGUGUAUGCAAUUAUGCAUGCAUGUAUGUAUGUAUGUGUGUUAUGACUUAGAUGAGGCAGAAAUCGCGGCGUUAAUCAUGUUGUGGACAUAAUUUGACCCACCCAUGAAUAGAAUAGGAUAAGACAGCUGGAUUUGUCAAAGACAAAA